UGCAGGCCGAAAAUGACGCUCAAUCUCCAGCGGGGGAGCAGGCCCUCUUCCCAGAGACGGGCCAGCACCCCUCUGCCUAACCUCUACCGGACCUGCCCAGGGGCUCCGAGCGCCCGGCCCGUCCAAGCCGAGCCCCGCCACCCGCAGCUGGGGCACUCCUCGUCCUGUGAGCCGAAAAGCUGCCUGCCCAAGACGCGGGAGAGCUGGUCGUCUGAAUCCUCGGACUCCGACGGGUCUUGGGAAUCCUUGUAUCGCGUGGUCCUGUUGGGUGACCCAGGGGUGGGGAAGACCAGUUUGGUGAAUCUCUUUGCUGGGGUCCAAGAGAAGGAUCUGCCAGAACAACAGAAAGAAGACACCUACGAGCGCACCCUCUCUGUGGACGGCGAGGAGACCACCCUGAUGGUUAUCGACACCUGGGAGACUGAGAAGCGGCUGCCAGAGGAAGAGAACUGGUUCCACAAUUACUGCAUGCAGGUGGGCAACGCCUACGUCAUCGUCUACUCCAUCACCGACCGGGGGAGCUUCGAGAGCGCCUCAGAGCUGCGGAUCCAGCUGCGCCGAACGAGGCAAGCGGAGAACAUCCCCAUCAUCUUGGUGGGGAACAAGACAGACCUGGUGCGAUGCCGAGAGGUGUCUGUGGAAGAGGGCCGGGCCUGCGCCGUGGUCUUCGACUGCAAGUUCAUCGAGACGUCGGCCGCCCUGCAGCACAACGUGACGGAGCUCUUCGAGGGGGUGGUGCGGCAGAUCCGCCUGCGUCGGGACAGCAAGGAAGCGAACGCCAGGCGCAUGUCGCUCUACAAGCGCAAGGAGAGCCUCACCAAGAAGGUGCGACGCUUCCUUGACCGGCUGGUGGCUCGCAACAACAAGAAGGUGGCGCUGAGGGUCCGCUCCAAGUCCUGCCACGACCUCUCCGUCCUCUGAGCGGUGGACCAACGGCACUCCUCCCGCCUCCCUGGGGCGGGGCCCUGCCUCGUUUUC